AUGUAUAAACGAAACUAUAUAUCUAAAAAUUUUAAUAACAGCCUUAGGUAUAACCAUGGAGCAUCUAAUCGCCAAACAUCUUCACAUAGAGGACGCUCGUUCCGAGGGAGAUCGCAGCGCGGUUGGAACUCGCCUGCAUCGCGAGGCCAAGGCCAGCGCGGAACUUACAAUCGAGCGGAAGAAGGAGAAGACGUAGAUGGUAGUGAUUCAGGGCCCUCGUCAACUUUGCAAACACCAAAACCACCAACUUCCCGUCGUCGUCCUGCUAAAGAUAUAGCGGAACGGCAGAUGUCUUCAGCUUUUGGGCAGUUAACCAAUAUGUUAGCCAAAAGGCAAAAAGAAUCUCAACCGCCACUAAAGGAAGAAGAUGACUGCGAACUAUAUGGAAAAUUAUUAACCCAAAAGUUGCGAGAAUUGCCUUCUGAUGACAGAAAACUGAUGAUGUAUGACAUUGAUACUUUAUUUGUUAAUAGAAUUAAAGAAAAACAGAGGUGUCAAGCCAUAUCUUCCUAUCACUCAGUCCCAUACCAAAUGCGCAUUACUUCACCAAUGCCAAACCGGCCGUCAACCUCUCAAACAUCCUAUUUCGAACCUUUUCCAAAUACAUCCCCUUAUCUAAACCGUCCAUCGCCUUCCCAGACGUCGUACUCUGAACCAACGAUUUUACACCAACCAUCCACUUUCCAAAUGUCACAUUGUGAAACCUUACCAGUUAAAUCGCCAGCAGAAAACGAAAUCGAGUUCUCAAAGCAUUCAAUCGCA